AUAGGCCUUCGUGAGGGGCAUAGCAGCUGAGUGUAGAGUUGAACAUUGUGGCGAGAGGAGGCGAAUUGUGCGACUUGCGGACUGAAGGUUAACACUAUGCAUUCAUCUAUUUGGGCGUGUAGUGCAUAUGCAAUUACUGUGCAGUGGUGAUGACCUGUGUGAACCUGUUUGUGACUGAAUACGUGAUGUGUCAGAAGGCUGUGUCACAUUUUCUAACCAACGAGAGGAAUGUAUUGCCGUGUUGAUAUUGAACAUCCGAGAUUGUUGAGGCUCUGAAUGGAGAAGAUGCUGGGCAGGAAGCCCCGGGUACGAGAUCUGAACGCCUACUUGAUCUGCGUUUUGUGCGGUGGUUACUAUGUGGACGCAACGACCAUCGUGGAAUGUCUCCACUCGUUCUGCCGCAGCUGCAUCGUGCGACACCUGGAGACCAGCAAGUUCUGUCCUAUUUGUGAUGUUCAGGUGCACAAGGCGAAGCCUCUGCACAGCAUCCGGUCGGACCGGACGCUGCAGACCCUGGCCUAUAAGCUGGUGCCGGGCCUGUAUCAGACUGAAAUGCAGAGGAGACGGGAGUUCGGCGCGUGCGGCAGCAGCAGCAGCAGCGACCUGCUGGCGGACCCCAGCUUCUUGUCACCCGAGGACAGCAUCAGCCUCUCCCUGGAGUACUACGACAGUGAUAAGGACGAGGAGGAGGAAGGAGAGAACAGAACAGAAAAUGAAAUCGAAAAGAAUAAGCAGAUGCCACACAGGCGCUACCUGCAAUGUCCGGCCGCCGUGAGCAUGAAGCACCUCAAGAAAUUCAUCCGUAUGAAGUACGGCCUCAGGUCCGAACAUCGGGUGGACAUCAUCUACGCCGGGGAAUGUCUCCGAGACGAGUUCUGCCUCAUGGACGUGGCCUACACGUUCUCUUGGAAGCGCGUCGCACCUAUGAGGUUCAGUUAUCGCAUUUUCCAUCCUCCUGUCUACGUUCCAGUGGCAGUUCCACCGACUAACGUUCCAAACAUAACUCAGCGGGAGCAACAGCAGCAAGGCCAGCAGCGCACGCAACAAGAUCAGCAUCAGGAACCCGAUGAUCAACCCAGUACACAAAAUGAGUCCAUUUCGCUUUCCCAUUCAGUGCCGGUGCCAGAAAACACUGACGUUAUACCAAAUACUGUUGAGGAGACUGAAAUCGUUGCAGACGUGAAGGAAGCUUCUUCUGAAAGCUGUGCAGCGACGUCAGAAGACGUGACAUCGGUGGAUGAGACACUUCCUCAAGAUGACGCACCGGAACCAGAGAUAAAAAAGGUGAAGCUGGAUGAGGACUGUAGGGACACUCCAGACACAAAUGAUGCAGUACAACUGGAGGAAGAGAAAGUAAUGCAGGAAACAGAAGUGGAGAAGAAGCGGCAGAAAAGAAAAAGAAAGCGAUCUAGCGACAGUGAUCAGGAACACUGCGAUGAUGAAUCAAGUGUUGGCGCUGCUGAUGUUACCGUUCCUACUGCUACAUCUGAUGGUGUUUCUGACGCCUCACCAAGUACCAAAGAGACGAGUGCAAAUGAAGAGGUGAUGUUGCCAACUGUAGAAACUCACGACGAAGCCUCUUGUGAUGAAUCCGUCGCGAAAGAAACGUGUUCUGCCCUUGAGGACGCUGGGGAAACACCAACCAUGCAGGAGGAUGAAGGGAUUGUGGAAGACAGUGAAUGUGUAGAGGACAGCAAUUCUGCUGAAGGUGUGGUGGACAAUAUUGCCAUAGAAGAUGUUGUGGUUGAUGAAGGGGAUGCAAGGAGUGUUGUAAGGGAUGGGGAGGAAGAUGAAAAAGACGAUGAAUUCACGUUAAGAAUGUCGUCUUCAGAGGAAGAGGAGGGAGGUGAGGAGGGUGGCAGAUUGGCCACAAAAAUUAUUCCGAAGCAGGAGGAGAUAAAGGAUGAGAGACAGAUUGAAGAAGCAGAGGAGAGGAAGAAACUGAAGGGAAAGAAAGAUGGACGUAAGAAGAGCAAACACAAAUCGAAACACCAUCAUCAGGAGAGUUCUGCUCGCAAACGCAAGGCACAUCGCUCAGAAUCAACGCCCACCAUACUCCAGUACCAGGAAGAUGUGAUGAAAAUGAAAGUGAAGCUUGGUUGCAUCAAGCCAGUGAUGCCACAUAAACAUCACCAUCACCACCAUCACUCGAAGCACAACCGCAAGAGCCUCCUAGACGUGGAUACCCCGAGCACCAGUGUUGGCUUGUGUUCUAACGGAGAAUCCACUGGUGUAAGUGCAACAACAACAGCCAAAGAACGCUUACUGCAGAUGAGGGCAGUAAGGCACAAGAACAUUAACACCUCUAAGAGUACAAGCACAUCUCUAACAAGCACGCCAUCUAAGGAAGAUACUAACAACAGAAACUAUAAGACUGAGAUCCUAAUGCCACCAUCGUCAAUCACUGUCAGUAAAGUGAACAUUGCUGAUAAACGCAAACUUGAAAGCCAAAAAUCAAAUAACUGUAGCAGUUCUGGUGGUGAAGAGAGUAAGAGACCCUCACUUGAAAUCAUGCUUGUAAACGCACCCACCACAACCACAGUGUCAACAUCAGCCAUAACCACUUGUACAACAACAAUCUCUGCAAGUAACACAACCGCUGAAGCCUGUGCUGCGGUGAGGCCGAGUGGUAAUGAUACUGCAACCAGAUCUUUGGACCAUGUCAGCUACAAACCUUCCCGACCGCCUCCACACACCAUCCCCCUUGUGAGGCUCAGAAAGAGCACAGUGACAUCAGUUCGGCCUCCAGCAGGCCUGACCAUCACUCCUAAGAUACCCACAACUGCAGUUCUUCCUACCAAACCCUCAACAACCGUAACCAAAAAUCCUAUUUGUAACAAAACUGUGGCUGUAACAGAAACUAGUGAUCAGUCAAAAGAGGAGACAAAUCGAGAUCGGUGUGGUGUUUUGGAAGAAGAGCAGGCCAUGAGGCAUGAUGACAUAGGUGCAUUAGAUUUGUCCGGAAAGUCUUCACGUUGUAAGACUGCUUUGAGUCCGGCUACCAGUCCUACAGUUGCACCAGGUUUUCCGUCACCUCCAUCACCAGUCAUGAAGAGUCCAGGAGGAACAUCUUCCUCAACACAUCAAAGUAUCUUGUCAAUAGCCCAAAGCUUGGUUCACAGGCAACUACAGCAGCAACAACAGCAACAUGGCCUCAUCAACAUAAGCCCUUCGUCACCUGUGAAGGUGUCCAAAUCACCUACUACUGAUAGCCUGAGUUCUUCUGUGCAUCCGCCAGUAGCGACAACACCAGGCUAUGCGAUGAGUAAUUUAAAGACUUUGUCAGAUACUGCUGUACGCAUUCGUAAUGAAAUGGCCGCUCAAGGCGACAACAGCGGCAGAAGUGGUGGCGCCCUUAAGCCACAGCAGAAACCUGCACCUGUCUCAGUGCAGUUGACCUCAUCUUCUGAAGUAGUUUCUCCUGCAUCCGUAAUUGGGCGCUCAUCAAUUGCAGUGACCUACAAUUCCAAUAGCAACCCCCGCAGUGGUCUGUCUCAGCCCCCCACGCGAUCUCCUACCAGUCACCAACAAUACCAAGCACUACAAAAUAACUCAGUACCACCUCUGCGGAUUCCUAUCCCACCUACUUCACUCAGCAAGGCAAGUAGUCCUGCAUGUGCUACCUCCCGAACCAACAGUGUCCCGCGGCUGAACGAAUUGUAUCCUUCCACACAAGGAGCCAUGGGCAGAGGAAGGAGCAUGAUUCCAGGACUUCAGAAUCGCAGUGGAAUUAGUAAUCACACCAAACCAGGCCCAAAUCAAGCUGUCAGACAUAUUCCAAACCCAUCUGCAUUGUUGUUUCGGCAGCAGCAGUCACAGAACAGACUGCAACAGCAGAACAGGCAUGCAGCUAUGAGCAAGGCACUAUUCAACAACCAGAACAACUUCAACAACACAAAUCUUAAACCCGGUGCAUCUACGUCUAUCGUACAAGCAGCAGCGCCGCCAGUGUCCUCCAUACGGAAGAUGGAGAACAUGACGCGCAAUAUUGAAAAGGUGGCUGCAGGUCUCACAGUCAGAGCUGUUGAGGCACACAGUAAAUGAAACUUGUGUUAAUGUUAUGUUGAGUUUAUGCAGAACACAAAUCCAAUUUUAAAUUGGAUUUAUUAUUUUAAGAGACACGUGUAAGAAUUAAUUGUUCUAUAUUGUUCUACGAGAGCUUGGUGUGGAUGUGCCAACAUUCUUAAAGUCAUUAGUUUUCCCAGUAGGAAAUAGUCUACACGUUAAUUCACAGUGUGUAUAUGUUUUGGGAUGUUUUUAUCGUCAGAAGUUAGAUAAUAAGCUAUAAAAUUCUUCAUCUUACUCCGUACAAAAUUCUGUUAAUACUUUCAUUAGGCAAAUCAUUAAUGACUACAUUGUCAAUAUUAAUCAAUAAAUGU